AGGCGCGCGCGGCCCUCGACGAGAUGCCGACAGAGGAGCGCGGCCUCUCGCGGCUGCUCGAGCGGGUCGCCUCGCUGCUGCAGGAGCAUGGCGAGCUGGAGGCGGCCGAGCCGCUGCUGCGUGAGCAGUACGAGGCUCGCCGCGCGGCGCUCGGCCUCAAGCACGCCGACACUCUCGACGGCGUCAACAACCUGGCGCUGCUGCUGCACCAGCAAGGCAAGCUCGAGGAGGCGGAGCCGUUCUCUCGCCUGAAGCUCGAGGGCUGCCGCGAGGCGCGAGGCGACAACCACCCCGACACCGUCACCGCGCUCGACACCCUCUCGCAGCUGCUCUCCGACAUCGGCAAGCUCGACGAGGCGCUGCCGCUAAAGCGCGAGUCCCUCGCCGUCAAGCGGCAGGUGCUCGGCGACCGGCACCCGGACACGCUCCUCUCGGUCAACAACCUCGCGGUGCUGCUCUCCGACCUCGGCCGCUCGAGCGGCAACACAAACAUGUUGCGCGAGGCGGAGCCGCUCAAGCGGGAGGCGCUGGCGGGCUGCCGCGAGGUGCUUGGCAACCGGCACCCGCACACGCUCGCCUCCAUCUCCAACCUCGCGGACAUGCUCAUGCAGCUCGGCCACCUCGACCCGCGCGCCUUCGAGGAGGCGGAGCCGCUCUGCCGCGAGGCGCUGGCUGGCUCGCGGGAGGUGCUCGGCGACGGCCACCCCGACACGCUCAAGUGCGCCGGCAACCUCGCCGCGUGCUUGGUCGACGUCUCAAAGUACAUCCAGGACGAGGCGGCGCACUUGCGCUGCUUGCGCGAGGCGGAGCCACUCUACGCCAAC